GUUGCGCGCGCGAUGAAUCAAAACUCCUCCUCCCAAGAACCCACUGCCCAGCAAUCUUCAUCUACACUCAUUCCUCUGUGUGUUGCCAGCCCGCCAGGAGCUCACUCUCAUUCCAAUCAAUCCAAUCAAUCAAUCAAAUCAAUCCAGAGCUCCGAGAGACAGGAAGACCGAGAGAGGCAACCGAGAAAGAAAAGAGAAAAAUUUCUCUGGUUUUUCUUUCCUCCUCCUCUUGUUUUUUUUUUACUGCCACCAACAAAAAUCCCUGCGGUCCGACACCCUUCGAUCCGCCUCUUGGAGGGCACAAACGAGAGCGCAUGCCUACAGCUUCCGCCACGUGGCACGCGUAGUAUCGCCAUUGGGCGCUACGCAUGCUCGGUGCCCAAACUUAGGGCUCUUGGGGGGGCUGGGUUUGUCGCCCACGAGAUGGACACUCCCAGGGUCAAGAUGUGGACGUGGAUCGCCACCGGGGUCAUGGCCGUCGUUGUGCUGAGCGAGAACUAUGGAGACGAGCCGCAUGCCUUGUCCGGGAUCCAAAACUCGAUCCGGAAGUUCAAGCGCUGGGUUUUCACUCCCAGCUCCAAGGAAGUGGACGAGCUCCAGACGAGAUAUAGAUUGCGGCUGGAUAUCAAAGACAAAGUAGAUCGUGAAUGAAGAGCAUGAGUGAGAGAGUGAAGUAGAAAGUUUCUUACUUCUCGUUCGCGUAGAAUAUAAGAGCUUUGCUUAUCUCGGCCACAGGUCUCCCA